GGGCAAGGAUCCCUUGGUGCAUCACCCAAAUUUGACUCCAUAUCUAUGAUGUACCUGCUGCAUUGUCUACCUCCGCCAACCGAUCACAAGGCGACUGUGUUUGCGCACCUGAAACGCCACUUGACUCCGAAAGGGACUCUGUUUGGUGCCACGAUAUUAGGUUAUGGCGCACAGCACAAUCUGCUCGGGCGUCUGACCAUGCGCCUCUAUAACUGGAAAGGCAUAUUUGGAAAUACGGACGACAGCCCGGAGGUAUUUGUCAAGGCAUUGGAAAAUGAAUUCGAGGAGGUCGAGACCCAUAUUGUAGGAGUGGUGCUACUCUUUCGGGCUCGCAGACCCCGGUUGGCUUGAAUAAUUUGGUUGUAGGGCUCUGAAGUGUCUCAUGUGCUUUACAUUGAGGGUCCUGACAAUCAAAACCUGGCAAGGGAGACCUGCAUACUAUUACACUUUGGUUCCUAUUCGAUCAGGCCUGGAUAGUGCAUCGGGAAUUCUGGGAUGUA